UUUAUAUAUAUAUAUUUUGCAAAGUUUUAAUUACCUUCUUCUUUCUCAAAAGAGGCUGCCGCAGCAAAAACCCUUCACAUCUGCAAACAUGGGUAUCUCUCGUGAUUCAAUGCAUAAGAGACGUGCCACUGGUGGCAAGAAGAAGGCCUGGAGAAAGAAGCGAAAGUAUGAGCUCGGUAGACAACCAGCCAACACUAAGAUCUCCAGCAACAAGACUGUCCGGAGAGUGAGAGUUCGUGGUGGUAACGUGAAAUGGCGUGCUUUGAGGUUGGAUACAGGUAACUUCUCUUGGGGAAGUGAGGCUGUGACCCGAAAGACUCGUAUCUUGGAUGUUGUAUACAAUGCAUCCAACAAUGAGUUGGUCAGGACCCAGACUCUUGUGAAGAGUGCUAUCGUUCAAGUUGAUGCUGCACCUUUUAAGCAAUGGUAUCUUCAACACUACGGUGUCGACAUUGGUCGCAAGAAGAAAGCAGUUGCAGCUGCAACUAAAAAAGAGGGAGAGGAAGUAGAAGGUGCAACAGAAGAGGAUAAGAAGAGUAAUCAUGUUGUGAGGAAGCUGGAAAAACGCCAAGAGGACCGCAAACUUGACUCACAUGUUGAAGAACAAUUUUCUGGUGGGCGUCUUCUAGCAGCAAUCUCAUCACGUCCUGGCCAGUGCGGUCGUGCUGAUGGAUACAUUUUGGAAGGAAAAGAGCUUGAAUUCUACAUGAAGAAGCUUCAGAAGAAGAAGGGAAAGGGUGCUGCUGCUUAAGAGCAUAUUUGCUUAUAAUAGAUUUGUAUCUCUUUUUAUCUAUUUCUGAGGAAAUGCAUGAUUGACAAUUUUGUUGAGCAUUGUUAGUUAGCUUUGACUUCUAUAUAUGUUGAAGGACUAAUGCAGCAAGGUUAAUGUUUCGAUUAGACCUUAUUUUUGCA